CGAGAAGAUGAACAAGGAGUCCGAUGCUGCAGGCAAGGCUAAUAAGCUGAAGUCCUCAUCCCGCACAGUACGUAUGACGGUGUGUGCAAUACCUUUAUGUCGUGCUGAUCCAUGUUCCUCCAGGGCUCUAUCCGUCGCAACAUGCCCCGUGGCAUCAUCCGCAAGCAAAGCAACAACAACUUCAACAGUCUCCGAGGCGUUGCACCUGUUCAGCCUGUUCCUAAGGCCGCGAGGAGCGUCGAUCUUGCGGUCAUGUUCGAUGGUGGUGGUAAGGCAGCAGGCGAUAGCGAGAAAGGAAAAGAGAAAGACUGAUGAGGCGACGGUGGACUGUCUCGCCGGCAGACGCGUGCAAAUGUUCGCAGAUGCAUGGGCAGGCCGUGUAUGUCGGCUCCGACAGGUCUCGCGUCCGAUGUCGCUUUGUUCUCGGGUACAGAGCUGGGAAUAAUGCGACUCGCGAAGGCAACAUACGCUUCAGAAAGGGCCAGCCAUCAGAGGAAUUUACGCAAGCAUGCGUUCGGCAGUCCUGACUGACAGCUCACCCUGUCAAAGAUCCCUGCGCCACGUGCUCAUCCUCAGCCGUCGCCUUCUCCCACGCCCUCUCCACAUUCGCCCUCGCCAACUUGCCCUUCUUCUGCCAACCCUCCACCUCACUACCCUUAUCGCCCGCCAACUGCAACACAUCCCAACACCUCUCGUCUCCCACCUUCGCAAGCUGCACAGCCAACAAUUCCAGCGUGCCGAACCGCGGCAUCCAUCCUAACGGUUGCAUGUCGAGGAAAUGCCGGAAAGCCCAAUCGAGGAGCUC